CAGCGCACUCGGGGUCGGAGUCCCGGGUCGCCACGACCCCGAGCGGACGCCCCCGCGGGCCUCUCCCCACGGCGCCCCGCUGCCACGCGCCGGUGUCCCCCGACGGCUCCGAGUCUGUGGGAAGCUGGGGCCGUUCCCCGUCCCGGCCUCCUCCUCGGGGACCCUCAGCUCACGCGCGGUGCCCCAGGGGCCCCGCUGCACGCCUUGCAGAGCAUGCUGGAGCAGCUGCUGAUCCACCAGCCCCAGGACCCCAUCCCCUUCAUGAUCCAGCACUUGCAGCUGGACAGCGAUGACGUGCCGAAGAUUGUGAUAUUAGGUCCACCCGCGUCGGGAAAAACCACCAUCGCGAUGUGGCUUUGCAAACACCUGAACUGCAACCUGCUCAACACGGAGAACCUGAUGGGGAGAGAACUUUCCCUUCUGGCUGCUGAGGCCCGGAAAUAUUACCGGAGAUUCCGGAGCCUCCCCAGCCAGCUGGUUGUGAGGCUGGUUCAGGAACGCCUGGCGGAGGAGGACUGUGUCCGGCGGGGCUGGGUCCUGGACGGCCUCCCGGAGUCGCGAGAGCAGGUGCUGAUGAUCCAGACGCUGGGCCUCGCCCCCAGACACGUCAUCGUGCUGAACGCGCCGGACAUGGUCCUGAUAGAGAGAAACCUGGGGAAGAGGAUCGACCCUCAGACUGGAGAGAUCUACCACACCACCUUCGACUGGCCCCCCGAACCCGAGACGCAGAACCGCCUGGUGAUACCAGAGGGCAUCUCGGAGCUGGAGACGGCUCGGAAGCUGCUGGAGUACCACAGGAACGUCAUCCGGAUCCUGCCCUCCUACCCCGGAAUCCUGAAGGCCAUCAGCGCCGACCAGCCGUGUGUGGACAUCUUCUACCAGGCUCUGACCUAUGUCCAAACCCACCAUCGAUCCAACGCCCCGUUCACCCCGAGAGUGCUGCUGUGCGGGCCCCUGGGCAGCGGGAAGAGCCUGCAGGCCGCCCUCCUGGCCCAGAAAUACGGCCUUGUCAAUGUCUGCUGCGGGCAACUGCUGAAAGAGGCUGUGGCGGACAAGUCCAAGCACGGCGAGGUCAUCCGGCCCUUUUUUGAAAAGCACAUGGCAGUCCCCGACAGCAUCAUCAUGAAGAUACUGACCCAGCGCCUGGACCGGCAGGACAGCGUGCAGAGAGGGUGGGUGCUGCACGGCUUCCCGCGAGACCUGGACCAAGCACAGAUGCUGGACAGCCUGGGCUACAGCCCCAACAGGGUCUUCUUCCUGAACGUGCCCCUGGACUCCGUCAUGGAGCGGCUGACGCUGCGAAGAACGGACCCCGUCACAGGAGAGAGGUACCACCUCAUGCACAAGCCCCCCCCGACGCUGGAGAUCCAGGAGCGCCUCUUGCAGAACCCCAGGGACUCCGAGGAGCGGGUGAAGCUCAAGAUGGACCUGUUCUACCGGAACGCGGCCGAGCUGGAGCAGUUCUACGGGCAGGCCGUCACCGUCAACGGCGACCAGGACCCCUACACCGUCUUCGAGUACAUAGAGAGUGGCAUCAUCAACCCCCUGCCCAAGAAAGUCCCCUGAGGGGGCUCCGAACGGGCACCCCGAGAAACAAGUUACCCCCCACCCCGGCCCCGACCUUCUAGAAAGUUCCUCAGGCCAAUAAAGUGCUUCGAGUGCA